CUUGAUCUUCAAGUCUUCAACUUCGCGAGGAGCAUAUUAGCGUUGAUUUUGAAUGGUUCGUCGCGCUGUGUUGGUAUGAGCGCACGAGUUGUUGCCUCUACUAUAAAAAAAAGUUACAGCAGAGUUCUUACGAGGCUUCCCCCUUCCAUCAACCCUGUCCUCACUAUGGCACCCACGCUCACACCAAUGUCGCGCGAUGAGCCAUUCAAAAUCAACGCUAAUAUGCUCCUCGCUAAAUGUAAAGACUUCAAGAACGAGUUGAAGGAGGAGCUGAGAAGGAUUAUCCACGACGCCUUUGUGUCUGUCUCUAUAUAAUUCGUUUCUGAACACGAAUCAUCCUCUUGAAAGCUGCGAUUCAGUACUGGAUAGCUCUUCAGAUGGCAGACAGUCAUAAUUACUUACUCGUCCUGGACCAGUCUUUACCCGAAGCAUCGAUCCGGAUAUCUGCGUUGGUCCUUCAACCAUCCGUCGCACGGAACAUCAAAGUGUUAAUACGCACAACUGACAUUGACCCACUCUUGUAAUCUACCAAUGUCAAUAGGUAUGUACAUGUAUCACAGGGGCAUUGUGCUGUCUUAUAAUCCAGGAAAAUCGCAUUUAUUCACGCCAUCUCAAUACAUCUUAUUUCUGCAGGUUCCGCUUCACCACAUGACGUCAAUUGCAUGCUUACGUGCAUAUAUACAGGCAUCCAUGAGGUGCCUACUGCAACGCUCCAACUACCAAACCUUCCAACUUCACGCUCCUCCUACGCAUCUCUGUCCAAACGCAAAACAAUCUUAGAAAAUGGGCAUACCGUACUCACGCGAAAUCAACGCUGCCUUUGAGCAAGUCACGCCCUUGGUAGCUGCUGGCUUCAAAGUCUUGCGCACCACCAAAAAUAUAUCCAUCUUGCUCGCCAUCAUCCAAGUCCUCACGGUGCUGCUUAUGUUCCUCGUCUUCUUAGCGCUUGUCGCGCUCAUGUACUGCGUGAAUCCAGAUCUAGAGUUCGAAAAAAAAAGAGGUUUACUUAUUAUGUAUGACGAACACAAUUUGGCAGCAAGAACGUCAAACCCUCAUAACACCUCUCUUGAAAAAAUUCGCAAACCUCAUCUUCACCACUCCUCCCACUGCCAAACCUUCCAACCUCCCAGAAAGGGAGAAACAGAACCACUCUCAGCUAACCUAUCGCUCCUCCGUCCAAACGCACAGCACGAAAGACGCGAACUCAUAACACCGUUUCUUCGCUCCCUCGCCAAUCUAACGCUCUACUCCAUUCUCAAGUUCAUCCUGGGCACUGUAUUUACGUUCACCAUCUCUGGGGUAACGACGUGGUAUUUCUUCAUGCUGGAGCGGGAGCGCAAAAGCUUGGAGCACGAGGGGAACGAGGAUGCGGACGAGGCGUUGAAGGAGUUGGAUGGGAAAGAAAAGAAGAAGAAGAAGAAUGAGAAAGAGGACGGGAAGAAAGGAAAAGGAAAGGGAGAAGAGGAGGAGGACAAGAAGUGAAUGAGGAAAAACCGCUGUGCGAGGCUCCUUCGGGUCCACCAGACUAAGUUUAUCUUCUGUGUUUUUUUCUUGCCGUGAUUUUUUUUUCCCUCUUGACUUUUGGGGUUGCGACGAUGUUGAGGUCGGGAUGCUUGUGCUAGGCUGACCCAAAUUAUGAUUAAUUGGAAUUGUUGGAGAGGCCACGAUGGCCCACCAAGCCGUAUGUGAGAUAGAAACAGAACAAAAGCUGUAAUUAUGCUAGCAUCUUCGUAUAUCCAUCCUUAUUAUCAAUGUCGAAGCACUGUGUCGCAAUAUUGAGAAUCCAAUACGCAAUAAGCACAUCGUAGCUUCCGUAGCCACUGUAC